CUGCUCACCACACGGAGUCCAGUCGCCGUACGCUGCAGUGCUUACAUUCAACUAAGUAAACACAAUACCAGCGAAAACGGACGAGGAUUCAACUUGAACUUUUUGUUUUUGAGUGUAUAUAAUUCCAGUUUUCUCCUCACUAAGUAUAGUUUUUUUUCCCUUACAACUGCCUUUUCUUCUUGGAAAUUACGAUGAGGAAUCUGUGGCUGUUGUUUGUCGUCGGGCUGGCGACUGGAUUUAUCAGUGAAAAACUCCUGGUCUCCUCCCAGUCACCCUCGUCUACUGCAGAUGACCUGUACCUAGAGGGCCGAACGUCAGGUGACUUUCCCAUAGAUGAUGAAGAUGGUGACGACGAUGGCUCAGGCUCUGGCUCUGGAGACAAUUUUUUCAGAGAUGCAGAGGAGAUGCUCAAGAAGUUCUUGUCUGAUACCAUAUUCAACAAAGACGUGCUUUCAGGUCAACCACAGCCAACUGAGAGUUCUCAUCACAACCCAUCAACCACAGCAGCCGACAGUGAGAAUCCACCAACUACGGAGGAGCGCACUGAGACAACACCACUCUUCCCUGGGGAGGAGGUGCCAGGAGAAACAACUGACAGCUGGUUCGUACAUGGUGCCAGUCCCAGUUCCACCAGCCCUCCUUCCAGUGAAACCAUGACAACUAAAUUCAGUGGAGACAUCAGUGUAACCAAAGAUGCCGACAAGGACAAUGAGCUGGAUGACUCCACAGACAAAGUGAUUGAGGAGGACAUCGUCAGACAGGAUGUAAAUGAAGUUCUGGCUGUAGAUGAUCGAGGCAGAAAAACAUAUGACCUAGCCGAUCCUGAACAGGUGACCUCUGAGAACAUGUGGGAGAGGACGGAGGUGCUGGCAGCCGUGAUAGCAUGCGGAGUGGUUGGAUUCCUCUGUGCCGUUUUCCUCCUCCUCCUCCUUGCCUACCGCAUGAAGAAGAAGGAUGAAGGUAGUUAUGACCUGGGAGACAACAAACCUUCUGCAACAGCAUAUCAGAAAGCGCCUACCAAGGAGUUUUACGCCUGAACUUCCAAAUAGAGACUCAACAGAAAACUGUCACCUGCCAUCAGGAUUUCAGAGUGAAAGAUUGUUCCUCCCGUUGAAGUUUGAAGUCAAGACCCUCUGCUCUUCUACAAUUCUCACCUCACAUCUCUCCUACCUUCCUCCUCUGCUAUCCUUCCACAUCUUUCUCUACGUAGUGUUCAGUGUCUGUGAAGAGGAGGACCCAAGGGAACAAAAUGAGACUAAUCAAUUGCAUUCUUGUCAUUCCAUUCAAGGGAAGGAGUUGAGACAUCAUCACACAUGCUGAAUUUUAAGAAAGGAAAAGUGUAUCACAAGGGAUCACAGCCAUUCUAGUCUAGGAAAGUAAUCAACUCAACUCUUGUAUUGAUAAAACUGUGCCUUUAGACCCACAGUAGUUAUAUAAACUGAACUGGCACAGCUCAGAGUAACAGCACAAGGGGAAUUGGCAGAAACAUGAAUGGGACAGCUUUAUUGUGUAUUGAAUGCUGUCAGUUAAAACGGUACCAUAUAAUGGGAUUAGUAUUACAAAGGACCUUAAAAAGUUGACAUCCUUUUCCCUUUAUUUGAGGUCAUAUUUUCUGUUUGUUAACAUCUGUCAUUGUUACAUUUCAUUUUCUGUAUGCUUUCUUUGCUGACUUGAAGAUUUUUUUUUGUUAUUGUUAUAUGAGGAAUGAAUGUUAUUUCAUAUGCUGUCCAGUAUUGGUGUGAGAGAUUUUGUUACUCUGCAGGUACAUACUUUUUUUGUUUUCUCACAGAUAUUUGACACUUGCUGAAUUGACCAAAUAUAAGUGUGCUUUAUUUGUCUUUUGGAAGAUUUAUUUUUCAGUAGCCUUUUCAGUGUGUUUUUAUUUUUAGAGAUUAUAUGUCCAUAAGCCAUUUAAAAAAACACAGGUAUCAGUUUUUUCAUAGUAUUCAUACAGCGGUAGCCUUUGUAAAGGUCUGUCAACCUUGCAUCUGUCCAACAUUAGUAAUAUUUCAGGACUAUUUUAUUUCAUCAGUGAGUAUAGCAAGCAUUUGGGACAGGAUUGCUAAGGUAAAGCCAAGGCUAAUGACUAUAAUUCAGAAACUGUACAAGCGACCAGUGUUUUCUGACGUAAGCCAAAGCACAUUCUUUUCUGACUGUCGGCUGUAUACAGCUAUAAUAGUUGGUUUGAAGUUAAAGGGACAGUGACAGCUUUCAGUGUUUCCUACAGUAUCCAGAGACAGAGCUCAUCCACAUAUCAGGGUUAGAGAGUUACAUAUAAUCAACUACAGAUGUCUGUUUAUUUCUCAACUGUAAUAAGAAAUGUUGACAACUGGAAUAUUCCAACGCAGUAAUGUAAUUUAUUCACUACUCAGAAAUGAGUUUUAAUUGGUUACAGUGCUCUUCUAAGUGUAAGCAUGUCACCUUCUAAAUACAAGUGUCCUUAUUAUCACUCUAUACCUCAACCAGCCAACCAAAGGGAUCCUGUAAAUUGACAAAUCUUGAAGAGGCAUAAAGGAGGCAGUUAACAAGGAUGACAAUGUGGUGUUAUUUCCUUUUGAUAGCACCUCAUUUUAAAUGUAUACACCCUGUUAAAUAUAUAUAUUUUAGUAAAAAGAAUGUGGAUAGACUCUUAUUUUAACUAGCUACCUACUUCUUAUAAUGUGUCAAAGAGCAUUACAUAUCACACCAACAUCAUUGGUUAAACUCACUGUGUGCCAAAAAUUAGCCUCUAAACAAUCAACCUGAAUCAAUAAAUCAAUAGACUUCUCUCCUGCCCAGUUUUCCACUGAAAUUAACUUGAUUUCAGAUAGCUUUUUUAUUUUUGUUUACUUUGAGUUAAACUCAUAGGUAUUUUGUUUUGGGAUUUCAGAUUUUAGUUUUGUUUUUAGAUUUCCCAGUGCCAUAGGUGAUUCUGUUAUUUAAUGUCACUGCCAAAUUUGUAGCAGUUUUUGUGGCAAGUAACAUUUAGAUCCCCUUCACCAGCUUAUUUAACACCAUUGAAAGCAAACCACAGACAUGGUGUGAGAGGCAAUAUUAAUCUUUUGUCUUUUAAUUGUGGCUACUCCAUAGUAUUUACAUACUAUUUUGUUGCUGUUAUAGAAAUGACAGUUUUAAAGCGGUUCUGAAUAAUCUGAAUGCAAAUCUGGAAAACUACCUAUUUUUCAUGGUUGAGCACUUAAAUCCAAAUAGAUCUUGGUGAUCCCAGUUGGAGAUGAAUAUCCAACUUUUACAGUGUUACUGUCAUGCAUUGACAUUUAAGCUGUAAAAGAUUACAUCUGCAAUUGUUCUGGGCUAUAUAUUGCCCUUUAACAGUGUAAAAAAAAUACAUUUCUGUGGAUAAAGUGCAGAAAUGUCAGUCAUAAACCAUACUCAUAUAGGAUUAAGACAAUGGAUUAGCACUUGCUGGCAAUCCAACACAUGAUGACACACAAUAACCUUUCUCUUCUAGGAUCUCUGUAAAUGUAUACUAUAUGUUCAUGAUACCAUAAUUUAUAUGUAUUAAUUUAUACUAGCUUAGACUAUAACCCAGGUUAAUAUGUCAGCCACAAAUGGGACUGUACAGUAUUUACUCAUGGUUUAAGCCUUUGUGUGCCUACUGAUCAGAUUUUUUGUUUUGUUUUUUUAGUAUACUUUACAAGCCUUGGUUCAAUUUAUUGUUAGUAAGCCAGCUUUUAAAAAAAUAUGUUCUUAUGAAUGCAUUUAAUAAAUGAUUAAAGUAGAAAUAUGUUCCUUUGACAUGCAUUGCAGCUCUAAUUUUUAUUUUGAUGGAAGUUGAGUAUGACUUGACUGAAGGUUUUAACAAAUUAAGACAUGGACAAUGGUGGUAGACCAACCAAAAAAAAAAAAAAAGCUACAGAUAAGACGGUGACAAAAGCACAGGAGUUGGUCAAUAGACAGCUGUGUUACUGAAAUGGUGUAUCUUCUGAGGUUCACUACUGAAUAAAAGUGGCUUUAAAGCAA